GUUUAAUAACUUUUUUUUUUUAUAAUAUUUUUUUAGCUGAAUCUUUGCUCUGUUAACUUCGACGGAUUCCUUAAUUUUUCCGCUUCAAUGUUUUGGAAUAUAUAAAAAAGACUAAAGUUUUUAGAUGCCAAAGCACAAAAAGAAUAAAUGGAUAAUAAUAUGACAUAAAUAGCAGGUUUUAAAAAAAGUUUACUAAAAGCGGAAGAGAGUACGAGAAGUAAAGUACAUUAAAUAAUUUAUUUAAGUUUGUUCUCAAUAAACAAGGAAAGCCCAGAAGACAAGAAUCAUCCAAGUGAUCAAUAAAAACAAAUAGUAAAAAAAAAAACAGCAAUCGGUUUUGAAAUCUAAAAACAGAAGAUAUCUACACAGAAUAAAAAUACGCAAAAAAUUAUUCAACAAAGAUUUUCGUUGAUACCAGUACUAGAGGAUUGAAUUACUCUUGUUAUAAGUAUUGGAAGAUUUAGAAGGCAAUAAAUAAAUAAAUAAAACUUGAAAAGUUCAAAAAACAAAUAAAAUCAGAAAAAAAACAAAAAACAGAGCAAGAAAAUGCUAAACAUUUCGGCAAAUUCUAAAAGUCAAGAGCAAACGUCACCUGCAUUCUUUUUGGUGUUUUUAUCGAUUGAAGCAUUAAUCAUCAUGUUUGGAAAUUUUUUACUGUGCUGUUUAUUUAUUCGGGAAAGGAAACUAAGAACCCAACAAAACUAUUUUGUAAUAUCGCUUAGUAUAUGUGAUUUGUUCAUUGGUACCGUUGUUCCUCCUUGCGAAUAUUGUGCGUAUACUCGAUUAUUUGGAAAAGAAUCAGAAACAUGUUCUUAUAUUUGUGGGAGCAUGAGUGGUUUUAUCAUGAUUAGCUCCGUUAUGAAUUUAAGCUUGAUUGCUGCAGAUAAAUAUUUCUCCAUUAAAAAACCCUUUUUCUACAAACAGUAUUUAACAAAAAGCAAAACGCUUGUAAUUAUCUGCUGCGGUUGGAUCAUUACACUCGGUGUAACGCUUGUACCUUUCGCUUGGAUAUUAAACUUUAUUUCUACACCAGAAUCAGAUAUUAAUAAAACUUACACUGUAGUUGUUUUUUCUGUUGUCAUAACUAUUGGUGGUAUAAUUUUUUAUUUUUAUUUCAAAAUAGUGCAGAUGGUAAGACAAAAACUUAGAGAAUCACAGGAAAAAGCAAAAAAUCCGGCCGGAAUCAAAGUUUGUAUAAUUGUUGCAAUCACAUUUUUUGUGUGUUGGAUUCCAACCUUUAUUCUUGAACUUCUUUUGCAGAACAAUGCCAAAGUAAUUCCUGAAGCGUCGUAUGCAUCGUAUAGCAUUUUGCUAUUAAAUCCAUGUUUAGAUCCUUUAAUGUAUGCUUAUUACCGAAAAGAUUUUAGAAAAGUACUUCGUGAUUGGCUUAAACCAAAACGCAAAAUUAAAAUAUAUGGCGAAUACCCCACAAUUAAAAAGUUAUCCAUAUAUUCAAAAAAUCAACUUACAUCCUCUUGUGAAACAGAAUCAAAUGUUAAUGAAACAUCAAUUUAAGCAAAAUAAAACAUCAAUUAGAUGAUGUGACAAUAUUUAAAGCGAUUUCUUAUACUUACUAAUUGUUUUAUCAAAUGUUUUAAAAUUUUAAUUGUUUUAUUAUUAAAAUGAUUUUGUAUUAUAAUUUGUUGUACAGCUCUGGUUUUAUAAACGUUUUGA